AUGACAACUUAUUGUUUGUUCGUUCUUUCAUGCAUAUGUACGUUGGACAAUUGCAGAAAUGGAGAUCAUCAUCAGGUGGAAGAUGUUACUCCUCCUGUCACCGAAAUUCAAAAAAAUUAUGAGCAAGCACUAGAUGAUCUUGUGAACGUGAACUCACUAUUCACUGCGGCGGUCUUCAUAGGAUUUUCUUUCAGCACGCCAGGCCAGACGAGUCUUGAUGGCCGAGAGAAGUGCAAUGCCAGUACUUUCAUGCUGAAGCCUAAUGGCCAAGGCACUCAAGUUGGAAUUCACACUCAAAAAGGCAAUUCAAACCAAGGAAAUGGAGAUCAUCAUCAGGUGGAAGAUGUUACUCCUCCUGUCACCGAAAUUCAAAAAAAUUAUGAGCAAGCACUAGAUGAUCUUGUGAACGUGAACUCACUAUUCACUGCGGCGGUCUUCAUAGGAUUUUCUUUCAGCACGCCAGGCCAGACGAGUCUUGAUGGCCGAGAGAAGUGCAAUGCCAGUACUUUCAUGCUGAAGGUUCUAGUUCUGUUGGAAGUUGCAUCUUUCAGUUUCUUCCUGUAUUCCAGCCUAAUGGCCAAGGCACUCAAGUUGGAAUUCACACUCAAAAAGGCAAUUCAAACCAAGGGUUCUACUACUUCUUUGAAGUUAUAUGCGCGUAUGAUGUUAUUAUCCUCUGUUUGGGCAUCUUUGUUUGGGUUUUUGUGCUUGACAUUGUCGAUCAUCUUAGCCGUCCAGGUGAAGUUGGGGAAGUUGUCUUGCAAGAUUGGAUUCACAACCUUUGGGAUUUCAUUUAUGUGUGUGGUUCUCUCUUCUAGAAUUGAUAUUCAGUCCUCAUGUGGUACUCGACAAACCGUAUCACUAGAUCAGUCUGUUGAGAAAGAAAGGGUACAAGUAAUGCAUUAUGGUGUGGGUUGUUUGAAUUAG